AUGGGGAGGGAAGAUGAUGGAGAGAACCAGCCAGUCAUCAGGCUUACUUUUGAUGAAUUUGAAUUGGAAAGAGGUUAUGAUACACUAACCAUCGGCGAUGGCGGGCAGCCUGGAGAACCAAAAACAGUGCUCCAUGUGUUGACAGGCACAAAUGUUCCUGACCUCAUUGUGAGUACGAGCAAUCAGAUGUGGCUGAAAUUCCAGACUGAUGAGACCAACAGUAUGUUAGGAUUCAAGGCUAUCUUCACAGAGAUUGAACAGGGGACCUGCAGUGAUCCUGGAACACCUGCCUACGGAAAGCGACAGGGAAACAGCUUCCUUCAUGGUGACACUCUGAGAUUUGAAUGUUUGCCUGCUUUUGAACUUGUUGGUCAAAAAUCUAUUACAUGCCAGAAGAAUAACCAAUGGUCAUCUAAGAAGCCAAGCUGUGUCUGUAAGUAG